AUGACGCUCCUUAGCAACAUCAGCCCGCCUCUCAUCCAAGAGGCACUGUCCCAGCCGAUGUCCAUUUUGGACCUCUUCCUUCCUGGUUUCUCAAACAUCACCAAUGCUGCCAGUCAGAUCCUGAAUGGCAACAUGUCUGGCUAUACCCAGUUAAUGUGUCUCUUUGCACUGGCUGCGUUGUUGAAACCAUAUGUAUUUCGAUUCAUAGAUUGGUUCAUUGAUCACUUCACAUCGACUCUCCGGAUCAAACGCUAUGAUGAAACAUACGACAUGGUUCAAGCGUGGGUCUCAGCUCAUGGAUUGGAGGAUGCUGCUCGUUCCAUUCGCGCCAAAGUCAACAAGAAACAAAGAACUCAUGAUUCCCGCACUAAAAAGCCGCUCCAGUAUGCCCCGUGGGAAGGGGCUUUCUACUUCUGGUACGGGAGGUACUUGCUUUCGUACAAAACCACCCAGGUGGAUGUCGGCUUUCGCAAGGAGGAACAGAUCUCCAUCACUUGUGUUGGACGAUCUUCGCAAAUCCUGAAAUGUCUUAUGGAAGACUGCCGACGUGAAUAUCUCGACGGAUUGAAGAAUAAGACAACUAUCUAUUCACAUCGCGAAAAUCACUGGAAAAAAGAAAAGGCAGUGGAUGCUCGGCCUCUUACGACCGUCAUACUCGAUGAAGGGCAAAAGGGUCAACUCAUCAAUGAUAUCAACAAAUUCCUCGACCCAGACACCAAAAUCCGGUAUGCUGAUCACUCGAUCCCCUACAAACGAGGAUAUCUUCUACAUGGACCUCCUGGAACCGGAAAGACAAGCUUCAGUCUAUCUAUUGCCGGCGCCUUGGAUAUGGAUAUCUACGUCGUCAGCAUCCCUAGCAUGAACGAUGAAAAGCUGAAUGACCUAUUUGGUGCGCUUCCAGAUAAAUGUGUCGUGUUGUUGGAGGACAUUGAUGCCGCAGGAGCUACAUGGUCUAGGGACUCUGACGCCGAUGAUUCAGACAGCGAUCUCGAAACGAGGUCACCAAAGAAAGGGGUGACCCUUUCGGGCCUUUUGAAUGUCCUUGAUGGGGUUUCCUCUCAGGACGAUCGAAUUCUGAUCAUGACAACUAAUCAUCCUGAAAAAUUAGAUGAUGCCCUCACUCGGCCUGGUCGAGUAGAUUUGAAGAUUGCGUUCCAGCUUGUUAAUGAAAGCAUCGCAAAUGAGAUCUAUCACUUCAUGUUCAAACAACCCGAACUCGAUCAUGGAAAU